CACCGUCAAGAAUUUCGACGCCGAGGUGCUGCUCAAGCCCAUUUCCAGAGAUAUGGAGAUGCUCGUCUUUGCACCCGAUAUGAUCUCACUCUGAGCUGCUAUCUCCGCCGUGUAAGACGGCGACGGUCAAAACUUAAGCACAUUUGAGAUCGCCGGUAAUGGCCACCUUGUCUCGCGCUUUCCUCUCCGUGGCCGGCCGUUCAGCCGCCAAAGCCUCCAGACUCUACGCUCGAGCUCCGACGGAACCGCCACCGCUCCAAAUCGACGACGCCAUAGCCACCGCUGUCUACAAUUCCUUUCUUAAACCCCAGACCUGGGAAUCCCUUGCCCAACAAUUCAAUUCCGUCCAAUUCACCCACCCACUCGUCAACAAAAUCCUCCUCAAUCUUAAGGACACUUCCAAUGCGAAGCAAGCUCUGAAAUUCUUCCACUGGUCAGCCAAACUCGGGAGCUUUCACCAUGGGGUUUCCACGUACUGUAUCACAGUUCACAUUCUCGUCAAGGCCAGGCUCAUCAAGGAUGCCAAGGUAUUGCUCGAGUCAGUGUUGAUCAAACCCUCAUUGGGCAAUUCAGACGUUUUCGCAGUUAUUGAAUCACUGCUUCAAAGUUAUAGAAUCACUGAUUCUGUACCUUUCGUGUUUGAUUUGUUCGUUCAAGUUUGUUCUAAGCUGAGGCUGGUAGAUAGUGCUCUUGAUGUCUGCAAGUUCUUGGAUGAGAAUGGAUUCCUGCUUAGUGUUGUUAGCUAUAAUACUCUGCUUCAUGUGCUGCAAAAAUCUGAGAAGCACGGUAUGGUUUGGGGUAUAUAUGGGGAUAUGAUUCAGAGAAGAAUAAACCCUAAUCAAACCACUGUUAAAAUUAUGGUUAGUGCUCUGUGUAAAGAAGGGAGGCUGCAAUGGUUUGUGGAUGUUGUGGGCAGGAUUCAUGGGAGGAGAUGUGAGCCUGGGGUGGUUGUGAAUACUUGUUUGAUCCAUGGGAUGAUAGAAGAUGGCAGAGUUGAAGAUGGGUUAAUGUUGUUGAAGAGAAUGUUGCAGAAGAAUAUGAUAAUUGAUACGGUUUCUUAUUCUUUGAUUGUUUUUGGGAAGGUGAAGAUGGGUGAUUUGGAUUCUGCAUGGAAGGUUUAUGAUGAAAUGGUUAAGAGAGGUUUUGAAGGGAAUGCUUUUGUGUAUGAUGCCUUCAUUUCAGCAUACUGUGAAGAGGGAAGGGUGGAGGCUGCAAUUCAGCUGGUGCAGGAAAUGGAGAGGAUGAACAUGAAACCGUUCCUCGAGACAUUCAACAGCCUGAUAAAGGGUUGUUCAAAUGCAGAAAGGUUAAAGGAAGGCUUGGAUUUUUGCGAGAAAAUGACGCAGAUGGGGCUUCUUCCUAGCUGUUUGGCUUUCAAUGUACUGGCAGAAAGGCUCUGUGAAAAUGGCAAUGCAAAGGAGGGUGAUGAGAUGUUGACUGUCCUGUUAGAUAAAGGGUUUGUUCCUGAUGAAAACACAUACUCUCAGCUUCUUGCUGGUUAUGCAAAAGAAGGUGAAAUUGAAGCAGCACUCAAGCUUUAUUAUGAGAUGGAGUAUAGGUCAAUCUCUCCUAAUUCUUCUUCGUUUUCUUGGUUGAUAAUUGGUCUUUGUAAACAUGGAAGACUAAGUGAAGCAGAUAAGUAUCUAGGUUUAAUGAAAGCACAAUGCUCAACUCCAAGUUCGGAUGUCUACAAACAAUUGAUUUCUAGCCAUUUGGAGAGGGGAAUCUAAGUAGAGCAGAUCAGCUGUAUAGAGAAAUGGUGGUGAAGGAUUGAAGACAUAGAAUUAUGCAUUUUCCAUCAAGACUGGAAAUUUUAGUUAUAAUAAGUGCUUAUCAGACAAAUAUGUAUAUGACUGUUGACGAUGCAUACAAAGUUUUAUCUCUUAUGGUCAAAAACAUAUUGAAAAAUGAGAGAAGAGUGGGGUUGCUAACUUCUAUCUGCAUGUACCUCGGUUUGUAAUGUAAUCCUGAAAUGUUUCUGAAGAUGUAUAGAGGAUCGUCUACCCCUUGACCUUUGGUCUCCAACCUUCAAUUA